GCUACCGGUCAAAAAUUUCUAACCAAACGCCUCCCCUAGCCUCCCCUCAAACCAAUCAGGCCAAGUACCUCAGUGGCAUGGAAGUAGCUUGGGCGCAUGUCGAAGUCUGAGUUUGCGAGGACAAGGGAAUGUCAGGUGUAGCUACCAAGCUUUGUGUAACCAGUGGUGGAGGGAUAAAUAUAUGGAAGUAGGGUGGGUGCUUCUCCAAGUCUGAGUUGCGAGGAUAACGAAAUGACAGGUGCCGCUACGAAGGUUUGCGUAACUGGUGCUGGAGGCUUUCUGGCUUCUUGGCUCGUUAAGCUUCUUCUGUCCAAGGGCUAUUUUGUUCAUGGCACCGUCAGAGAACCAGGCAAUAAGAAGUAUGAUCACUUACUUAAGUUCGAUGGAGCUUCUGAGAACCUUAAGCUUUUCAAGGCUGAACUCUCAGAUUACGAGUCUCUUUCUCGGGCCAUUGCUGGUUGUAGAGCAGUUUUCCAUGUUGCUUGUCCUGUGCCUGCUACAGCUUUAUCCAAUCCUGAGGUAGAAAUGAUUGAGCCUUCUGUGACGGGCACUAUUAAUGUCCUCAAAGCUUGUCUUGAAGCAAAAGUGGAACGGGUUGUCUAUGUAUCUUCUCAAUUUGCUGUUUCCACCAACCCAAACUUUCCCAAGGAUGCAGUGUUUGAUGAGUCCUGUUGGUCUGAUAAAGAGUACUGCAAAAAAACAGAGAACUGGUAUAACCUAUGCGAAGACCGAGGCGGAGUUGCAGGCCGUGGAUUUUGCCAGAAACAAUGGCUAUCGCUGGUAACUAUUUGUCCUGGUGUAGUGUUCGGGCCAAUUUUGCAGGCAUCCACAGUCAACACAAGUAGCUUGGCCCUCCUCGUUCAUUUAAAGGUGCUAGUUAAUGCUGAUUCCGUGGAGAAUAAACAAGUGUGGUUAGUUGAUGUGCGUGAUGUAGCUGAUGCAACACUGAUGAUUUAUGAGAAACCUGAGGCAGAGGGCAGAUACUUAUGCACUGCACAUGGUAUCAUGCCAAAUGAAGUGGCGGAGAAAUUAAGGCGUAUAUAUCCAAACUAUGCCUACCCUAAAAGCUUUGUUGAAGUGGGUGAUCGCAUAAAGUUGAGCUCAGAGAAAUUGCAGAAGUUGGGUUGGAGAUACAGGCCACUGGAAGAAACACUAGUUGAUUCUGUUGAGAGCUUCAAGGCCGCAGGGCUUCUGGAAGCCAAAUGACUUUGUUUCUCUCUGUCUCGGGUAUGCUUGGAAGAAGCAAUAUGGAAUGUGGGUGUAUGUGUAUAUUCUAGCGUAAGGCAGUGGUUGUCAUAAUAAAGUCUUGCCUGCUUGAUGGGAAUGGAUCAAGACGUGAGUAGUAGUCUAGGGUUUAUUUGGGUUUAGCUCAAAAUAAGUUCAAGUUGACCGAAAGUGACUUUCUAGUCCUUGUAUAUAAUCUUUUUAUGGUGAAU